AGUAUUUCCGUUGACACUCUUUGCAUUUGUUUUCCAUUGAAAUCCUAUUAGUCGUACUCUGACGUUCGUCUGCAUUCUACAAAGACUGGCUGUUCCGCUCAGGAUUAUACUUAAAUCAGCGUAACGUGUGUACAAACAAUUAUAAGAUAUUCACCAAUGGGGGAUUCACCUACCGAAAAUUCGAUGCGAUAUGAUAUCAUUACAAAUUGGAAGACAGAGACGGAGUGGGCCCCUGAAUCUAAAGAUGACGUGUCUGUGUUCACGGAUGGCAUCGGGGAAGGAGUGGAAUCAGACAUUCCAGACAAUGAAGAGAUCGAGCAAGUGGACUGUCGCACGACGGCUUCGGAUGACGACCUAACUUUCAUCAAAAAUAGCUACUGCAACACUGAAGAAACUUCAUCGCCCAAAGUUACAGCGCCACUGACCGCGUACGCAAAGUUUGCUGAUGUUGUUCUACAUUCUGGACGAACUGGAGAAGACAGCCUUUCUGAUGCCGUCCAGGCAGGCGUAUCGGGACAGAGGGAGAAUGAGGGGAGAGGUAAACUGGCUGAACGACAGCUGAAGAAAGGCCUAAUCCAGUCCAUACUGUCGACGUUGAGCAACAAGCGGAGAUUCCAGCGAACAGUUCCUCCGCCUCCUACUCACGAGGAACCUACGGUGUCCCCAGGAGCCAGUGGGAGUUCCAGGGGCAGCAGAAGCCUCCUCCGUGCCUUGCAUCUAUUUUCUCUGUCGUGGCGCACCGGUCCAAACAGGGCUGAAGAGCACUCACCGACCCAGAUACCAACCGCAAGGAGCGACACUUCGGCAACACAGCGCUCUGUCGCCAUGAUAGAAAAAGUUGGUUCGCGUCUCCGCACCAUGCAACAACUCCUCCAGGCCCACAGCACCAAAGGCGGGGACGAUGAAGAGGUCGUUUUCCAGAAGGUGGUAACUGAGGUGCGUUCACAGCUGUCUGACGCAGAGACGAUGAUAGCAGAGAUAGCGCCUUUGGUCGGCAAGAAAAGCUCUAAGCCAGACCUACACGGAACACUAGAGAUGAUGACGAAGAAGUUGCUGGAGCUCAGAGACGUUCUGCAGAUCGGCCCGGCGUACAGUGGUAGCUUCUCGCAACUGGACGUACAGGCUGCCUUCAUAGACGCCAGAAACCGGCUGAAGGAGGCACAAUCUGCAGCCUCUAAGCUUGGCCCAAUAAUUGCAAACGCUGAUAAAUACUCCUGGUGAAAUCCACCUCCUCUAGUGACGAAUUUUCUUUCUUCGUUUCGUGGAAGUAUUGUGUUAAUAUAAAGGCGAAUGAACACUAAUAUUUUCUGUCGUCAAACCUACUACGUUUAGAUAUGUAUGAAUUUUGACCGUGUUUAUUUGUCCAAAAGUUGUCUCGUGAAGUCCAGUAAGUGCACAGAGAGCUUUCCUAAGAAUAAAUGUACAAAAUUUCUCCUAACAGGCAGAUGUCCAUCGCACAUAUUGGAGUAAAAUGUAAGGAUACUCCAGGCACGGAGAAACGGUUCGGCAUCAACAAAGCUAAUUGAUGCCCUUGAUAAAAAAGUCUACAUCAGCAAAUCUGAUGCUUCGAUUUCUGUAUUUGUUAUUGCCGCACUGCACUAGGUAGCUUGUAGCGACUAGUUAGAGAGAUAUAUCCGGUGAAAUAAAGAUCCAAGAAACAUAAUCACGUAUUUUUCAUAUUUUCACUUAACCAUACAAGGCAA